GAGGAAUGCAGGGUGGGAUGGAAUGCUGUCUGCAGGGAGGGACUGAACAUGACAUCACGAAUAGUACUGUCCACCUCUCCAUGCCCAGUCCUCCCAAGUUUUUGUUUUUUAAAAUGACCCCCUUGACCCACUCCGACACUAAAGGAGUAAGGUCAGAACAGGAGAGGGGUGGCAUCAGGGCUGCUCCCCAGAAUCAGCGCUGCACCAAAGCCAUAUACUGAAGACUCCCAAAACUUGCAAAAGGGACAGUUUUCAAGCGGAUACAGACCUGAAAGCUUGAACUGCCUCUCCCUAUGUGAGCUCAUAUGGGAAAUGUUACGUGUCCGAUUCGUAGCUGGAAAUUACUCCCAUUUGGAGGGAGGCUGCUUACUCAAUGUGUUUCUGUCGGAAGUUAAUUCCUGUCUCGUUUCUUGCAAAACAACUGAACAGUUCCUCUGUACAGAGCAAGUAAUAGACAAUUGAAUUGAAAUGGAUAUCGCCUCUGAAGAUUACGACAACUACUCCAGUCAAUAUGAUUACUAUGACUUUGAGGAAACACCCCAUGAUUCUGCAUACCCUCAUGCUCUCCACAUCGUGUCCAUUGUCAUCUACUCCUUGGCAUUUAUUUUAGGGGUGCCUGGAAAUGCCAUGGUCAUUUGGUUUACUGGUUUCAAAUGGGAAAAAACUGUAAGCACCCUUUGGUUUCUCAACCUGGCCAUUGCUGAUUUGAUCUUUGUCUUAUUUCUUCCCCUACAUAUUACUUAUGUGGCCACUGAUUUCCACUGGCCUUUUGGAAAAUAUUUCUGCAAGAUCAACUCUUUCAUUGCUGUGCUCAACAUGUUUGCUAGUGUAUUCUUCCUUACUGUGAUUGGCCUGGAUAGGUACCUAUUUUUGGCUCACACAAGGUUUGUACAGAGACACAGGACAUUAUGUAAAUCUAUGAUUUUGAGUGGUAUUGUCUGGAUAUCCGCUGGCAUCAUUGCUGCUCCUGCACUUUAUUACAGAGACACAACUGAAAUCAGAAAGUCAGUCACCAUCUGCUUCAACAAUUUCCAUGACUAUGACCAUUCUGUCAUAAAAAGGACUCAUACUUUUCUUACACUAAUAAGAUUCUUCAUUGGAUACCUCUUUCCUCUUCUGACUAUGAUUUGUUCUUACUCAUUACUUGCCAUCAGGAUAAAGGACAAAAAUGCACUGGGUUCUAGUAAAUUCUUCUGGACUGUCUUUACCAUCGUUGUUGCUUUUUUUGUUUGUUGGACUCCCUACCAUAUUUUUAGUUUGCUGGAACUGAAUGUCCAUCACAGUAGUGAGUUCCGUGAGUGGAUUAGAAUUGGUAUGCCCAUCUCCACAAGUGUGGCCUUUAUUAACAGCUGCCUUAACCCAAUUAUUUAUGUUCUGAUAAGCAAGGCAUUCAUGGUACAUUUAGGAGCCUCAUUAACAGAGAUAUUUAAAAACACACUUCGAGAUAUAAGCCAAACAGGUGUUAAAAGUGAGCAGUUUGUGGACUCCAAAAGCAAUCCUACUGUCUGUGAGACCGUGUGGUGAAUAAAAAGUCAAAUGAAAAGAAA